ACGCAGGCCGUCUCUUUCCCUCAGUCAGAGUUGCUUUAAACAGGAUUUCGUGUGACCCAGAGAGAGAGAGAGGGACUGUUAAAUAGUCUUUGCAGCCCAGAGAUUGAGAUCACUAGGGUGUAUAUCCCCCAUGACCCAUGUUUAUUGUAAUCCAUUCACACUGUGGUCAAACCAGCUUGUAAAUCAUCAUCAUGAAAUCCAUUUUAAAAAGAAACAAAACUGGAAAAAUGAAGGCGUGCUGGUUUGUUUGCAUGAGCAUCCUAGCUUUUGCAUUUUGUUUUCAAUCACAACUCGCUCUCAAGUGUAGCUGUUGUAAUAGAAGAACAUUGCAUGACAAUCAUUUUUAAAUGUAAUGUUAAUUACACUGAGAAGCAUUUGUAGUUGUGUUCAGGAAGGAUCUUGCUGCACCAGACUUACCAUACAGAAACAGUUACGAGAGGGUAAGUGAAGGUUUUUGGUAACUCGCUGGUAAGUUAUGAUAGCAAAGCUUUCAAACUGUGACCAUCCAUUGAGUCUGUAUAGCCAGUUCCAGAGGCCCCCCCUUGGAGAGUGGGGAUACAAGAGAUUACAUACCAUGUGCAAUACAAUACAUUUAUACAUACCAUGUGCAAUACAAUACAUUUAUACAUGCCAUGUGCAAUACAAUACAUUUAUACAUGCCAUGUGCAAUACAGUUAAAGGAGUCAGACUCGCAUAUUUCCCAGACAGUAAUUUUCAGAUUGUAUGUGACUUUUUCUAAGGGAAGGCCGCUUGAUAGCCAAGCACCCUACUGUACUGUAUCUCGGUGCAUGUCACAGCGAGGCCCCUCCCUUCAUUAUUCCAGCUUUGUUCUGCCUCUGUCUGCUCAGAUUGCAGGUGCUCUCACUGGAGAGUGGGGCGGGGGAGGUGGGGGGGGAGAUAGACAGGGACAGAAGAUGGAAGUCACUGCUGUCCCUGCAGUGGAACAAAUGACAGAAGCUGUUCUUUAGAAUUCACAGGAUACCCGUAUUCCACUGAGGGAAUAAGAGGGGCGCCCAGGCAGAAACCUACUGCAAAAGCCUGAGAGAUGAACAUUGUUGUCUGAUAUCAAAUGUUGAGCUGUUCUGAUAUAAAAGUCCUCUGUGUUCGCCAACAACUUUUAUUUUUUUGUAUCCUGCCAUAUUUUGAUAUAAUGGACUCUUGCUGACCAUCAGACCCACAGUUUUUCUAAAAGAAAGACUUGACUGUGAUGUGCUUUCCUGGAAACCUGUAUAUUCCUGAUCUCAACAAUACAAUAAAGAGCCCUGAGUAACUGCCUGCCAGUCAUUUUACUCUACUGAAGGAAAUUUCCAUCCCUGAUCAAUAAGAUCAGUCGACUGCGGUUUUUCAUACAGGUCACUCAAACAGUGGAGAGAGACCCCAUGCAAAAUAAGAAUGAUUUUUGAUUCCAAGUGUUCUGCAAGCAUACACUUUCACAUUGUGCCUGUCUAUGGUUUCUGACUUUGGUCACUUGUGCAAUGUCAAAGCUGGAGGAACGUAACUCCAGAAAGAACAACAGAAAAACAGCGGCCUGUCAGUUUCACAUGCCCGCCCUGCAGCUCUUCAUUUUUAAUGUGCCAAAAAAGAGCAAAUAAAUCCUAGUCUCUCGGAUGGGAUACUGCCAAGAGCAAAGUCAUCCAGAACUUGUACGUCCACCCCCAGCAAUACAGCAACUGCAACUUUCAUUGCUUUCAUUGGUUUAGUUUGAUCCCCCCCCUGAUUUAAAGUCAGUAAUAGAAAUGUGGUUGUGCUUCUGCAGACCCCCCCCCCCCCCCCAAAAUUGCUAUAGCUUUUAGAAAAUGUAACCAGGGAAGAAUAAUGUGGAAACAAAGUGUCAACGCUUUUCCAUCUGGAAGAAAUAGACUGAAACAUGUGCGUUCCAACGCGUUCAGAAAAUGUGUCUGUAUAAAGUGGGUUCAAACUGGUGUGAAAAUUGUAUAGAAUGAUACUUGACAACUCUGCUGUCCUGUUUAUUUUAUUUAUUUAUUUAUUUAUUUAUUUAUGAUUUGUUAAAUCUGUUCGAUCUGUUAAAUUUGUACUAAAAAAUGUUGCUCUCCACAAACUUUAUUUAAUUUUUUAUACAUUGUGUUUGUUUUAUGAAAAUGCAUUACUGGAUAUUUGACAUGUUCUGAUGUCUUUUUAAUUUAAAUAUUUUAAAUAAAAUGUUCCUGUUGUCCUUCAUUCAGUAAGAGUUGCUGCCGGUGUGUGUGUGUGUGUGUGUGUGUGUGUGUGCGCUCUCCUGAAUAUACAGGGAUGAGAGGCUGCUGUUCUUCUGGUUCUACAGGUGCUGAGUAGAGGAUUUCAUGGAGGUGAGAUGAGUAUGUGGGGGGGGGGAUUCAAUGAGAUUCAUCAGUUACUCUGCUGUCUUUUUGUUUCUCUCACUUUCUGCUCUUUAUUUUUUUUCCUCUGUUGUAAUAAUUUAAACUGCUGAUGUUUUAUUUCCAGGGAUAAAACAAACCCCCCUGUUGUCCUCUCCCUUCUCCUCCCCAGUCUGACUGUAGGUACAAUGUCUUUCUGUCCGCACGAUAGAAGCAAACAGGGAAGAAUGUAUUCAAUAGGAUGAAACCUGUCCUGCCUUUGUAUGAGAAACGGUAUCAUGCUUGUCAGUAUUUCUUUGUUCUUUUCAAAGGAUCUUUUUUUAUAGAAACGAAAGAAAGGUAAAUAUAUACACACAACACAGUACAUCGCAGAUUGCUGAGGUCGCUUUAGCAGUUUUUGUUGACUGUGUUCGUUCUCACAGCCAUCUGUGGUUUUCUUUUAAAGGUAGAAGUUUGCUGAAUUUUAGCUUUCCUGUGUAGUUUCAAAUACUGAUAAAAAAUUUAGCAGACUCUGAAGGGAAGAAAGCCAUUGCGUGUGCUUGUAUUUGUUUUUUAAAUUGUAUAGCUGGUAUUUGUAGAUGUCGGUGGGGGUGAGACUCACGCCCUGUUUCUUGUCUGCCCCUCCCCUAGGCCUUCGUGGUGAAGGGUCUGCUGGAGUACACACAGCACAGCGAGCCUCGCGUCGCCUACGGCUUGCUGCUGGUCCUCGGGCUCUUCAUGACGGAGGUGAUCCGGUCCUGGUCUCUGGCCCUCACCUGGGCCCUUAACUACCGCACUGGCACCCGGCUCCGAGGGGCAAUCCUCACCCUGGCUUUCCAGAAGAUCCUCCGGCUGAAAAACAUCAAGGAGAAGUCAAUGGGCGAGUUGAUAAACAUGUGCUCCAACGACGGUCUGCGGAUGUUCGAAGCUGCCGCGGUGGGGAGUUUGUUGACCGGCGGCCCGCUCAUAGCAAUCCUCGGGAUGGUUUUUAAUGUGAUCGUUCUCGGACCUACAAGUUUACUGGGAUCCGCGGUCUUCAUUCUCUUCUACCCAGCCAUGAUGUUUGUCUCCAGACUCACAGCCUAUUUCAGAAGGAAGGGGGUCGCGGUGACAGAUGAGCGGGUGCAGAAGAUGAAUGAAAUCCUCAACUACAUCAAGUUCAUAAAGAUGUAUGCCUGGGUGAAAGCGUUUUCCCAGGCUGUGCAGAAGAUCCGCGAGGAGGAGCGGAGGAUCCUGGAGCGUGCCGGGUACUUCCAGAGCAUCACGGUGGGGGUUGCUCCCAUCGUGGUGGUGAUUGCCAGCGUGGCUACCUUCUCCGUGCACAUGCUGCUGGGCUAUGACCUCACCGCAGCCCAGGCCUUCACAGUUGUGACGGUCUUCAAUGCCAUGACGUUCGCUCUCAAAGUAACCCCCUUCUCUGUGAAGUCUCUGUCCGAGGCCUCCGUGGCUGUAGACAGGUUUAAGAGUUUAUUUCUAAUGGAGGAGGUUCAGAUCAUAAGGACAAAGCCAUCGAACCCCCUCAAUGCCAUAGAGCUGACAGGCGCCAGCCUGGCGUGGGACACGUCCAGCACCAGCGCCUACCCCACACCCAAAGGCACCCCGAAACUGAAGAAAGACAAGGGCAAGAGGAAAGACCGGAAGAGGCAGGAGGAUGAGGAGGAGGAGGAGAAGGGGCUGGGGAAGCAGGGAGUGCUGGCUGAGCAGAAAGGACAUCUGCUGCUGGACAGUGACGAGCAGCACAGCCCAGGGGAUGAGAACAAGGUGAUCCAGAGCAUCAGCCUGCGACUGCAGAGGACUCUGCACUGCAUCGAGCUCUCCAUCGAGGAGGGGAAGCUGGUUGGGAUCUGUGGCAGUGUGGGGAGUGGAAAGACCUCUCUGAUUUCAGCCAUAUUGGGACAGAUGACCCUGCUGGACGGCAGUAUCGCUGUGAACGGGAACUUUGCCUAUGUGGCUCAGCAGGCCUGGAUCUUUAACUCCUCCCUGAGAGACAACAUCCUGUUCGGGAAGGAGUACGAGGAGGACAGGUACAAUACAGUGCUGAGUGCUUGCUGUCUGAGAACUGACCUGGCUAUCCUCCCCAAUGGUGACCUGACAGAGGUCGGGGAGCGCGGAGCUAACCUGAGUGGGGGGCAGAGGCAGCGCAUCAGCCUGGCCAGGGCUCUGUACAGCGACCGCGCCAUCUACAUACUGGACGACCCCCUGAGCGCACUCGACGCACACGUGGGCAACCACAUCUUCAACAACGCCAUCAAGAAGCAGCUGAAACUGAAAACCAUCCUGUUUGUCACUCACCAGCUCCAGUACCUGGUGGACUGUGACGAGGUGAUCUUCAUGAAAGAUGGCAGCAUCACAGAGAAGGGAACCCAUGAGGAUCUGAUGGGUCUGAACGGGGAUUAUGCUGCCAUGUUUAACAACCUGCAGCUGGGAGAGGCCCCUCACAUCGAGGUUAACAAGAAGAACACCAACUCCCUGAAGAAGCCCCCAGAGAAAGGACCCAAGGCUGGGUCUGUGAAGAAAGAGAAGACAGUCAACAAAGAUGAUGGUCAGCUGAUGCUGGUGGAGGAGAAAGGCACGGGCUCCGUGCCCUGGUCUGUGUACGGAGCCUACAUCCAGGCAUCUGGGGGCCCCGUGGCCUUCCUGCUCAUCCUGGCUCUCUUUGUGCUCAACGUGGGCAGCACCGCCUUUAGCAACUGGUGGCUGAGCUACUGGAUCAAGCAGGGCAGCGGGAACACGUCUGUGGUGCUGGGCAAUGACACGGUGCUGAGUGACAGCAUGAAGGAUAACCCCCACAUGCAGUACUACGCCGGUAUCUACACCCUCUCCAUGGUCCUCAUGCUGCUUCUGAAGUUUGUGCGUGGGAUUGCCUUCGUCAAGGGCACGCUCCGGGCCUCCACCAGACUCCAUGAUGAGCUGUUCCGUAAGAUUCUGCGCAGUCCCAUGAAGUUCUUUGACACGACCCCCGCGGGGCGCAUUCUCAACCGCUUCUCAAAAGACAUGGACGAAGUGGACACCCGGCUGCCCUUCCAGGCUGAGAUGUUCAUUCAGAAUGUCAUCCUGGUGGUCUUCUGCCUGGGCGUCAUCGGCUACGUGUUCCCCUGGUUUCUCGUGGCGGUCGGGCCCCUGUUCAUCCUCUUUAUCAUCCUGCACAUCGUCUCCAGGGUUUUCAUCAGAGAGCUGAAGCGUCUGGAUAACAUCACCCAGUCUCCCUUCCUGUCGCACAUCACCUCCAGCAUCCAGGGGCUCACCACUAUCCACGCUUACGACAAGGGAGCGGAGUUCCUGCACAGAUACCAGGAGCUGCUGGAUGAUAACCAGGCUCCCUUCUACCUGUUCAACUGUGCCAUGCGCUGGCUGGCAGUGAGGCUGGACAUCAUCAGCGUGGCUCUGAUCAGCAUCACGGGCCUCAUGAUCGUUCUCAUGCACGGGCAGAUCCCUCCAGCAUAUGCAGGGCUCGCCAUCUCCUACGCAGUGCAGCUCACAGGCCUCUUCCAGUUCACUGUGCGUCUAGCCUCGGAGACCGAGGCACGAUUCACUUCUGUGGAGAGAAUAAACCAUUAUAUAAAGUCUCUAGCUCUGGAGGCUCCAGCCCGUAUUAAGAACAAGGCUCCCCCCAAGGGCUGGCCCCACGAAGGGGAGAUUGUCUUUGACAACACCGAGAUGAGGUACCGAGAGAACCUGCCCCUGGUCCUCAAGAAAGUGUCCUUCACCAUCAGGGCCAAGGAGAAGAUCGGCAUCGUGGGACGCACAGGCUCAGGGAAGUCCUCUCUGGGUGUGGUUCUGUUCCGGCUGGUGGAGCCCUGUGGUGGAUCCAUUAAGAUCGAUGGGGUGAACAUCAAUGAGAUUGGGCUGGCAGACCUGCGCAGCAAGCUCUCCAUCAUCCCCCAGGAGCCUGUGCUGUUCAGCGGCACGGUCAGGUCUAACCUGGAUCCCUUCAAACAGUACAAUGAGGAGCAGGUCUGGGACGCCCUGGAGAGGACCCACAUGAAGGAGUGUAUUGCUCAGCUGCCCCUGAAGCUGGACUCGGAGGUGGUGGAGAACGGGGAGAAUUUCUCGGUGGGAGAGAGGCAGCUGCUGUCCGUGGCUCGAGCUCUGCUGCGCUGCUGCAAGAUUUUGAUCCUGGACGAGGCGACGGCAGCUAUGGACUCGGAGACGGACUCUCUGAUCCAGGAGACGAUCCGCGAGGCGUUCGAGGACUGCACCACGCUGACCAUCGCCCACCGCCUGCAGACCGUGCUGAGCUGUGACCGCAUCAUGGUGCUCAACCAGGGAGAGGUUGUGGAAUUUGACGAGCCCUCCAACCUUUUAGCCAAUGAAAACUCUCGAUUCUGCGCCAUGCUGGCUGCUGUGGAUAACAAGAUCACAGUGAGGGGCUGAAGGGCAUGACCCGAGCCGUGCAGAAACGCGACGGAAUGAGAAGGACCCUGUGUACCCGGGAAUGGAAACCUUUCUCUUGCCAGUAGAGCGGAUUCCUGUCCUUGAGACUCUGCACAGCCUUGUCAUGCCUUCCUGUUAGCCCCUGUGAAGGGGCGGGUGUGUUACACUGUGUGUGGAGGAGGGACCCCCAAGUCUCGUCAUGACACAGACGCCUGUUUAUAGAGCAAACUGUUUUUCUUCUACGUUUUAAUACUAAAUGCACUCCUAUAAAUAACGUGGUUCAGGGAACCGUAGAUUUAAAAAAAAUGAAAUAAGCAUAAUCCAUGUGUAUAUAGAAUAUAUAUAUAUAUAUAUUACUGUGAAAAUGUUGUUUUAUUUUGUACUUUUUCAUUUGGGUACUGUGUUUUCACAGUGUUGACUUUUUAUCAUGUACUUGUACAGCCUCACUGUACUGGAAUGUGUUUACUAGAAGGCUGCGAGAGGCAGGUUUAGUGUCAUGCUCGACAGUCUUUUCUUUUCCCGUGCUUCUGAAAUAUAACUGUCUGAUCAUGUUGUUUCGAAUGUCCUUCAUCGCAUGCCAGGGGGCAGUGCAGUUGAAAUGUUUCCCAUGCUGCAGGCACUUGCCUUGUUUCUGGAGUGAUCAGACAGCCAGGGGGAGGUAUGGCUAGCACCCAGGAGGGUCAGCUGGACUGGGGAAAGAGUAGGGAGGUGGGGUUUGAGGUUUCCUGUAUGCUCCAAUGUGACUGGGGCACAUGGAGAAAGUGGGAGUUACCCCUACUCCCUUAGUUUAAAGAUCCCUGUGUGUGUUUAAUUUUAUUUAUUAUUUUUUUAAAUCCUGGCUUGCAGUCAGGUUCCUGCUCAGCUGAGGUUUUUCAUCACAUUCCCUGACUCAAUCGAGUGGCAUUUCGGGUCUAAUUUUGCUGGGUCUUUUGCUGUGGAGCUUUGAACAGUUAUCUAAUAAUCUGUGUUUAUUUUUGAUGUUGCCGCUUUCUUCAGUGCUGAGCUGCUCAUUGAAACCUCAGCAUUGGGUUACACUGCCAUCUUCUGGUGAUCAGCCUGUCACUGCAUGUCAGGUGCAGGUUUCAAUAUACCAUAUUAGCCAGUCUGGAGCUCACUGCCUCUUUCCGAAAUAUUUUAUUUGACUUCCAUUGACAUAUUUUUGAUAGCCUUAGCAUGACUGCAUACAUGCCUUGUAGAGGGAAAGGUGGGGACAAGGGAGAGAGGAAAUCUAUAAAACGUUUAAUAAAACUAUUUUUGAGUUUA